CGAGAGAGAGAGAGAGAGAGAGAGAGAGAGAGAGAGAGAGAGAGAGGCGAGGAUUAGGCUACAGUAGGAGUGAUGGACUGAGAUUACGCUCACAUCUAAAAAAAGCCCAGCACUGAGGAAGUCUGUUUAUCCAGGACUGAACAGAGACCGGACUAUUACCUGUGAGCACAAUGACUGCGCUGUACCACACAUUCCUGCUCUUCAUAGUCAGUGUGGCGUCACUGCAGCCGCAGCGCUCUUUGAGGAGUAAAAGGGGUCUGCUGGAGCUGGCCGGAGUCAUCAAAUGCAGCACAGGUCGCUCAGCUCUGUCCUAUGUGAUGUACGGAUGUUACUGUGGUCUGGGAGGUCAAGGCUGGCCCAGAGACAGAGCGGACUGGUGCUGUCACAAACAUGACUGCUGUUAUGGAGAUGCCGAAUUCGCAGGAUGUCAAACCAAAACAGACCGUUAUCAUUGGACGUGUGACGAUGAGAAGGCAGACUGUGACUCGCUUAAUGAUAGAUGUGCGAAAAUCCUGUGCCGAUGUGACCGUGAAGCAGCCAGAUGCCUCAGAAAGGCCCCGUUCAACCCAAAAUACGCUCUGUGGCCGGAUUUCCUCUGCGGAUGCGUUCAUCCUACCUGCAACAUUUACUAACGCCGAUAUACAGCAGUUGGUAAACAAAGCUUUCAGAGCUUGUCUUGUAUAUGUUUCAUGCUAACUUUGAUUUUCUGUCUUUGUAUUGUUCAAACUUUUCCAUUUUUCUACACAUAUCUGUAUUUUGUACUGGCAAAGUUGACCUUUAAAAGUGAAUGGAUUAAAAC